UUGAAAUGGCCCGUGAGAGGAAAAAGGUUCCCCACCCCUGGUCUAUGGUGCAUACAUAAACAUAGUCAAAGAUAUUAAAUAAGGUACUUUUGUAUACAAAUGUGCAAAACCUUCGGAGUGUUGGGCAUGACUGACGGUACUUAAAUAAAAUAAAAAAACACAUUUUAAUCAAUUAUAAACUGCAGUAUUCAAACCAGCCCUUUAAUUUCCUUUAUAAAGUGUUGCAUAUAAAUAUACCAUUGUAUGAUAGCAUAAAAUGAUCUGCAAAGCACCAUCAGGUAAUAGAUCUGGGAUCAGCGAGUGGACCCGGCCUCAGUGCAGUGUGGCUCCUCUCUGCUGACAGCUGUGUCCGAGUUAAGGUUAAAGGUCCUGUCACGGUUUUUGCAAGGAUUCAAUGAAUCAAGUGUGAUCUUAUCUUGUUUAGGUUGGCCCAGCCUUACGCACUGCGAGUGAAGGCUGUGGCAUUGAAGGAGUGUAUAAAGGCGUGUGUGUGCAGCAGCUGGGGGGCUUCCUGAAGAACCCCUCUCUGUGACGCCUGGCCUCUCUCUGUCAGGGCCCUCUGUUGUGGAUAUGGCUUGGUUCCUGUAUCUGGGUGUAUUUUUGGUGGUGGGCCUGGUUUUGUUAGCUCUAAAGUUGAAGCUCAGAAUGUCCGCACAUGGCCCCCAGGAGCCCCCUCAUCUCCCAGCACUGCCUCUGAUCGGUAGUCUGCUCAGUCUGCGGAGCCCGCACCCCCCUCAUGUGCUUUUUAAAGAGCUGCAGCAGAAAUACGGACAGACGUACUCUCUGAUGCUGGGCUCCCACUGUGUCAUCGUAGUCAACCAGCACACGCACGCCAAAGAAGUCCUGCUGAAGAAGGGGAAGAUAUUCGCCGGAAGACCAAGAACUGUGACCACAGACAUUCUGACCAGAGAUGGGAGAGACAUUGCAUUUGGAGACUACAGCGCUGCCUGGAGGUUCCACAGGAAGAUCGUGCAUGGAGCUCUGUGCAUGUUUGGGGAGGGCUCUGCCUCCAUCGAGAAGACCAUCCAUGCCCAGGCCGGGUCUCUGUGCUCCGUCCUGUCGGAGGCAGCAGCUGCUGGGCUGGCUCUGGAUCUGUCCCCUGAGCUGACCCGGGCCGUCACCAAUGUGGUCUGCUCGCUGUGCUUCAGCUCCUCCUACAGCCGAGGAGACGAGGAGUUCGAGGACAUGCUGCGCUACAGUCAGGGCAUCGUGGACACGGUGGCCAAGGACAGCCUGGUGGACAUCUUCCCCUGGUUACAGAUUUUUCCAAAUGCAGACCUGCGUCUUCUGAAGCAGUGUGUCUCCAUCAGAGACAAACUUCUACAGAAGAAAUAUGAUGAACACAAGGCGGACUACAGUGACCAGGUGCAGCGGGACCUGCUGGACGCGCUCCUGAGGGCCAAACGCAGCGCCAACAACAACAACACAGCAGAGAUCAGCGCAGAGUCUGUGGGCCUCAGUGAGGACCACCUCCUCAUGACUGUGGGGGACAUCUUUGGAGCCGGUGUGGAGACAACCACCACAGUGCUGAAAUGGGCCAUCGCCUACAUCCUCCAUCACCCUCAGGUGCAGAGGCGUAUCCAAGAGGAGCUGGACAGAAAGGUGGGGGGGGACCGGCCCCCCCAGCUCAGUGACAGGGGGAGUCUGCCCUACCUGGAGGCCACCAUCAGGGAGGUGUUACGGAUCCGGCCUGUGGCCCCUCUGCUGAUCCCACAUGUGGCCCUCAGUGACACCAGCAUUGGGCCCUUCACAGUGAGGAAGGGGACCAGAGUCGUCAUCAACCUGUGGUCCCUGCACCACGAUGAGAAGGAGUGGAAAGACCCUGAGCUCUUUGACCCUGCUCGUUUCCUGAACAGUGAGGGCACCGGAGUGAGGGUCCCGUCCAGCAGCUACCUGCCGUUUGGAGUGGGGGUCAGGGUGUGUCUGGGCGAGGCCUUGGCAAAGAUGGAGCUCUUCCUCUUCCUGUCGUGGAUCUUGCAGCGCUUCUCCCUCUCCGUCCCCACAGGACACUCUCUGCCCAGUCUCCAGGGGAAGUUUGGCGUGGUCCUCCAGCCGGCGCGGUACAAGGUGACCGCCACCCCCAGAGCGGGCUGGGAGAGCGGCCACGUGUCCAUUUAGGACCAGACAGUCUUCUCUACCAAGCAUCAUCAUGCAGAUCAUGAACCGGACAUUUACUAGCAUCUCUUUGUAUGCAUGAAAUCUUUGUUUCUUCCCAAUCUAACACAAUCUCUCCAAACAGUUUCAUACUAUAUUUAUAAAUGAUAUUUCAUUACAUUUUUUCUACUCCUGUGACAUACUUCAGUGAAUAAUCUACAUGUCUACACUUAUGGUUUCCUAUUCAAUAGGGGACACAAUAUUCCUGUUGCUGCCACAAAAGUUUGGGAAAGCACAUUUACUGUGCAGAUAAGAGUAAUUUCAAUGAUCUUUUUGGCAUUCACUGAACGACCAUGUGUAUAAGGGGUUCUCCAACUUGUGUGACCGAAGGUUAGUGUGAAGGCGACCUCUUAACAGCAUGAUCAAAAGUGAUGCAAGAAAAGCCUGUGUUGAGUCAACUCAACCUAUGGGAGUGUUUUACCUAAAAUGAGUUUCACGGAACCAUGGGCACUCACUGUGUGUCCUUAUAAGACAUACAGACCAGGACUAGAGAGCUGUCUCUUAUUCAAAAUGCAGACAGUGUUUGCAUUCCUCAAAGCAUUCUGAGCAGAAAAUCUAGUCACUUCUAAUGAAACCUGAGCACUCACAGACUGUAAUGGCAAUUAUUGCCAUUGCCAUUAUUACAAAGGUGAGGUUUAGAGUGAUCCAUAUGCAGACACAUAACAGAUGAUUUCCGGUCGGUGAAUGCAGUUUAGUUUGAUGUUUAUUCAGAGUUGUACAAUACCAGGAUUCAAUCUUCCAGUGAGUGUUAGUUGUGAGCAGUGGCGUAGCCACCAUAUAGGGCCCACCCAGUUUAGUCAUUGGCCCACCCUGAGAAAGCUUCGGUGUAAUUGUUUUAAUUUUUUAUUAUUAUUAUAUUAUACUCAAUUGUAUUCACCCAUUGAGAAUAUCCAAGCAUUCAAAGUGAAAUUCAAGUGAACAAAUAUUGAGUUGAAUUACUGUUGUAUGUGUUUUAUCCUCUGAACGGAACUCAUUUCCGGUAAAAACUGGUUGAGGUGGUAUGAAGAUUUUCCCUGGGUGGAAUACAGGCAAGUAGGGACGCGCUUUUUUACAUUACAUUGCAUUUAGCUUUUCUGUAAAAUGUGCAGACAUUUCCCCAGCCCAGGAGCUGAAGGUGCAUUUACGAGGGAUGGAUAUGUAGACUGGAAGCACCUGCGUAACUCGUUGGAGAGACAUACAAAAAGCGAGGACCACUGCAAGUCCAUGAGCAGGUUUGAAUGCUACAACCUAUUGUUGCUGUUAUCUAGUGCAAUACAAUAGUUAGCUAACGAUUGUAAAUAACCCAAUUUGUGUUCUGUGAAACUGAAAAGGAUAUUACAUUGUUUUUGUUACUUUCAUUGCAGUUGUAAAUAUGUCUUAAAACUAUAUUUAGGUUAACUUCCUGUUUUAUUUAGAUGCUUUUAUUUUGAAGGCGAGUUUACGCUGUUGACAGGAAGUAGUUGUUGCUAUGGAAACAACGUGACGGAGAAAAGUAGCGGAGAUUAAUCAACAUAUAAAGAUGGAGAAAGUAAAGGAUAAAGUUUAUGUUUAAGUUUAGCACCCCCCGAAGAGGCACAAGGUUGGUAUUAACUAUAAUAUAAACAUAGGUUUUGUGCUAAUUCGUUUAUAUGCUGUUUUGUAGCUUUGCUGUCUGUUUACAGUUCACUUUUGGUAAUAUGCUAAAGUGAUUCUAAUACGGAUGGAGCCUAAAUGUAUUUGUUAUUUUUGUGUCUUUAUAGCUCUUACGUUGAUAUUGGAGUUUUCAAUAAAUUCAUAUCAUCAGUCAAGUCUUUGACCAUUAUUCGGAGGGAAUGCUACAACAAUGCUUGGCA